AUGACAGUGAUAGGAACACAAAUAGAUAGCGACAAAAGAUUGUUACAGUUUGAAACUUAUGAAGAUUAUUUGGAUUCCCUAAUAACAUUUGUUGAUCUUGGAUAUUUAGGAAAUCUUAUUAAUGCACGUAGAUUAGCCGAACUUGGUUAUCGCUGUACAGGCAAAACACUUGAUAAAGAUACAUUUUAUCGCCGUUUGAAUGCUGUGAAAAAUUUACUCUUUCCAAUUUAUAAACCAUAUGAAUUAAUAUCAGAAUUAAUAACACCAAGGGGUAAUGUAAUGCAAGAAUUGGCUCUUCGAGAACGUUUAAAUAGAUUGAAAAUUAUAUCCACCAUUAUAUUCGUAAGAAACUUAACAAAACUUCAAUUUGAAAUUUCUGGUUACAUCGAUUUUAGUGAAAGACUAGAAAAAGAAAAUUGGCUUCCAUAUUUCCAAGGAAGAAAGAAAAUAUGGCCUUAUUCUUCUGAUCUUGCAUAUUACGAUUGGAAAACAGGAAAAACAUGUUUGAAUGAAACAUCAAAUUAUCAACCUGUUAUAGACCCAGUACUAGGUCUUCGAUUCAAACAUUGUCACGAUAGACAUCACAUUAACGUUGAUCCUGGAGUGCCUUCUCCAGGUAUAUAUACAACACGAGUAAGAAUACAUAGUCACGAAUACAAACAUAUAAUAUUGUACGAUCAUGUUCUUCGGAGCAAAUGUUAA